AAGAAAACCAGCAGCCUCCUUCUCAUUCCCAUGGAUCGUGUUCCUCCCGCAUCAGCCUGGAGACGUGCGGCGCGCUCUUGACCACAGUGCGCCCCGGCCCCGUGCGCCCCAGCCCCGUGCGCCCCAGCCCCGUGCGCCCCAGCCCCGUGCGCCCCGCUCCUCCGGCGUCUCCUCGGACAGACCAGUGCGCUCUCGGGCGGGCGCUGAGCAUGUGGAGUCCCGGUGCGUGCCCCCUCCACGUUUUCCUGCUCCAGCCCACAGUUCUUUUUGUUUGAGCUGCUGGUCGUGGGCACAGAGUCUCGCCUCCGGUCCUGCGCAGCUCGUGGAGGCAGAAGAGGGCGAAGGGCGGAUGAAAACUACUAUAUUCAUGUCAGGACUGUGAAAACGCACCGAGAGCAGGAGAUCUGAGCUGAUUUUGUGCUUCUACAGCGCGCGCACGGUUUGUUUUUGGCACCAUGGAGUCGGUGGAGAAGGAGUGCGGUGCGCUCGGAGGAUUAUUCCAGGCCAUUGUGAACGACAUGAAGAGCUCGUAUCCAGUUUGGGAAGACUUCAGUGCCAAGGCGACAAAACUACACUCUCAACUUAGGACUACGAUACUGGCGGCGGUGGCCUUCCUCGACGCCUUUCAGAAAGUUGCAGACAUGGCGACCAACUCCAGAGGUGCCACGAGGGACAUCGGCUCCGCCCUCACCAGGAUGUGCAUGCGCCACCGCAGCAUCGAGGCUAAAUUACGCCACUUCACAAACGCUCUCAUGGAGGGUCUGGUCACGCCGCUCCAGGAUCGAAUAGAAGAGUGGAAGAAGACGGCCAAUCAGCUGGACAAAGAUCACGCCAAAGAAUACAAGAGGUCUCGUCAGGAGAUCAAGAGGAAGUCCUUAGACACGAUAAAACUCCAGAAAAAAGCCAGGAAAGGCCGGGGAAACCUGCGCCCCCAGCUGGACAGUGCUAUGCAAGACGUGAACGAUCUUUAUUUACUGAUGGAGGAGACGGAGAAGCAGGCGGUGAGGAGGGCGCUGCUGGAGGAGCGGAGCCGGUACUGUGCGUUUAUCAGCCUCCUGCAGCCCGUCGUGAAUGUUGAGAUCGCGAUGUUGGGAGAAACCACUCAUCUACAGGCCAUCGUGGACGAUCUGACCCUGUUAACCGAAGAUCCGCACAAACUGCCUCCUGCGAGUGAACAGGUGAUCCGGGACCUGAAGGGCUCGGACUACAGCUGGUCCUACCAAACUCCUCCCUCGUCUCCGAGCAGCACGAGCUCCAGAAAAAGCAGCAUGUGCAGUCUCCUGCAGAUGCCCUCGGCCGGAGCUCACCGCCUCAGCAGCGUCUCCUCGCACGACUCCGGGUUUGUCUCCCAAGACGCCAACACCCACUCCAAGCCUCCGUCGCCCAUGCCCUCGGACAUCACCAGCCAGAAAUCGACCAGCUCGGGCUCCUCGGAGGCCUCAGAAACCUGCCAGUCCGUCAGCGAAUGCAACUCUCCCACAGCGUUUGGCUCAUGCUCAUCCUUCGGUACCUUCCGCCCUGCUUUCUCUCACACUGGCUCCAUCAGGCCUAUGUCUGUCAUACUUCCUGCGUCCCCCACAUUUAACCACUCCCCCGGAUCCAACACCCCCUCACCCACAUCAAAGGUUCCUAGCUGGAAGGACUGGGCCAAAUCCACUUCCUGUGAGGCGCCUUUGUCCAGCACUCCACAGCGACGGAGAGAGUCUCUGGACAAGGUGAGGGAGUGCGAAGCUCCGCCCAGUCCUCAGGGGUUUUCUGGGCUGCAGCCAGAUGAUCUGCACAGAACAAGAACUCUGAAGCUCACAGAGCCUCUGUCUCCUGCGGCCAGUUCUCUGGCCAUGGUCCUGACCCGAGGCCUCAGCAUCGAGCAGCAGAAAAGCAGCAGAGACUCACUGCAGUACUCGAGUGGAUACAGCUCCCAGAACAACACCCCGUCCUGCUCCGAGGACACCAUCCCCUCACAGGGCUCUGAUUAUGAGUGCUACUCACUCAACGGAGACGCUGAUGGUGAAGGGCAGGCAGACUUCGACAAGUCCUCCACCAUCCCACGCCACAGCAACAUCGCCCAAAGCUACCGCCGCAUGAUUCAAACCAAGAGGCCCGCCAGCACGGCCGGUCUGCCCGCUGGGAAGACUCCAAAUGGCACCGCGGGACACAGCUCAGGAAGCAUCACCUCAGGAACGGCGACCAUACGCCGCACCCCCUCCUCCAAAACAGGAGUGAGAAGGACUCCGUCGACGUCCGGCCCCAUUCCCAUCAGGCCUCCCAUUGUGCCCGUCAAGACCCCCACGGUGCCAGACUCCCCGGGAUACGCCAGCCCCUCUCACCUUCACGCCGGCAGCCAGGAGUUUCUGUACGGCGAUGACCCGACGUGUGACUACAUGAGGGGGUCUCCAAAGAGAAUGAGCCUCCCAGAAAACACCUGGAGCAGCGCGGGAGGGACAGGGGCCGACAGGACUCUUUAUACUCAGGACGUGUCUGGCGUGGUCGCCCACGGAGCGGAGGAAGACCCCUUUUUUGCUGCCAACCGCCACAGCCUGGUGGAGAAGAUAGGGGAGCUGGCAGCUAGUGCACAUGCCCUGGGCGAGGGGCAGGUCCCUUUCCCCAGCUCCGGGGAACAGGACGUGUCGUCCUCAGCCCACAGUGAUGUGGACAUGCUCGUGUCCAUCCGCAGAGGCGUCAGGCUUCGUAAAACGGUGACAGACGACAGGUCGGCCCCCAUGAUACUGCGGUAGCUCAGGGAACAGACGUUUGUAGAAAAAAACAACCAAAACUGUUGCCCCAGAAACGUAAGCUUGGUUAUAAAAAGCAGCAGCACUCGUCUAAAAGAACAGAUGAACACGGCACAAAGAACAAAGAUAUAACACGGAGAUGAAGGCCAGUGGUCAAACAUGUGAAUGACCCACGUCACGUGUGUGUGUGUGUGUGUGUGUGUGUGCGCACAUACAGAUCCAUACUUUUGGUUUAAUUUCUUUCUCUUUUAUUUCUUUUGUUUCUAUGUCUGAGUUUCGUGUCUGUGCAUCUCUUCACUGCGUGUUUGUCUUUUUAAAUGCAGUGAUCACACGUAGAUAUUGAACGCUCUUUGUCUUUGUUCUUGCUCUUAUGAUUAUUAUAAAAAUGUGUAUUUUUACAUAAGUCCGUCACCUGAAAGUGAAAGUAAUGAGAAAAGUGCUCUGUGAGCCUGUGUUUGUCUUUGCUUAUUAUUAUGUUCAUGUACCAUGAUUCUGUUUGG